CAACGUAUUGGCACAAUGGGGUCAUUAAAUGUAUGAACAUGAGUCUGUAGCGGUGUUUUUUUGCGUAAACGGGCUUGCUUUUAGCCAGGAAGCUAACGUUGGUUGCACAUAGCCUAUACAUUUAGUUGGCUAGCUUGCUAGCCCACAAAGUUGUUAGUUUAUAAACGGCAUACAGUUUGGUCAAAUCAUAAAUCAGUAAUGUAUUUACAAACUGAACUGUGUGUAAAUAACGGGUGAAGUCAGUUCUGCAAACAUAAAAUUUGGCAAAUAACGUUUAAAAAGUUACCAAAAUUAGUAGCCGUUCUGGAGCUUUCAAGAAUUUAAACUUUCAAGCCAACAUGGAGGAAAGCACAGUGGAAUACACAUUUGAACAACUACAUUUCCAUGACAACUGGGGAAGACAGUGUGAUAUGAUCAAAAGCUCCAGAACAGUUGCUGAAUGGACCUUGUGGUUUAACAAUAUGGAUUUGCUAUGUGGUCCACUGGGCUUGGGUGUAGUAACAGGACUGGGCUGUGGGCUCUUCCUCGGUUGGCAACUUCGGGCUCGCUUCGGCCCGACAUCCAAAAGCCUGGUUUCAGCGAUGGGGAACAGCACUGGUGAAGCAAGCGUGAUGGGAGAAGGAGGCGAGUUCAAGAUGAUACUAGUGGUCCGAAAUGACCUGAAGAUGGGCAAAGGGAAAGUCGCUGCCCAGUGCUCCCAUGCUGCUGUAUCAGCUUACAAACAGGUCCAGCGCAGGAACCCCGAGCUUCUCAAACAGUGGGAGUACUGCGGCCAGCCCAAGGUGGUGGUGAAGGCCCCUGAUGAGGACACCCUGAUUGAUCUGCUGGCUCACGCCAAAGAAGUGGGGCUUCCUGUCAGCCUGAUUCAGGACGCAGGAAGGACACAAAUCGCACCCGGAUCGCGCACAGUGCUGGGUAUCGGUCCAGGCCCAGCUAAUCUGAUCGACAGUGUCACUGGAGACUUGAAGCUGUAUUAGAGUUCCAGCUUGCAUCUGUUGGACUUGAUUACAAAUUCUUUGUUGUUAAAACUAUUUGCAAUGUAAACUAAGUUGGGCCACCAUGAGUUAAUAUUUUUAUACAACAAUGAUUGACUGAAUUACGUGUUAAUAACUUGAAAUAGUUUUGUGCAGUUUUGGUUCUUAUGCUUAUCACAUUAGAAAUCAGUUGACUCUUGAAUAGCAGUAAUAACAGCUUGAUGGGUAUUACUGUGACAGUGGUAAAAACACCACCACCACUGUUGGUGUUAUAGUCCUCCACACUAACCAGUCUGCUAAGGUCUGUCUGAAGACAUGAUGCUCAGAGGAAACAGAUGAAAAUUAUUUUUGUUGAUCUUAUUAGAAUCACAGCACAGUAAAAUACACAGUGGGCCAUCAUGCAAAAUAGCAGUGCCUUUGAAUCGGCUAAUACAAAUGGAAUGCAGUUAAUGUAAUGGAUUACACAUGUGCUUUUCCUGGUGUGACAUGUCAAAUGGACCCAAAAUGAUAAUAUAAAAAUAAACUUAGACCUAAUGUCACAAAAUGAAUUGUGAAAUAAGAAGUCAUUUUUAUAUUGUAAAGUAUUUAAUACUUUAGAAUACCAUGGAGGUCACUGCAAUGAACAAUUUGAUCUGACAUGAUUUUGCAGUGCAGCAGUAGAGCUGGUUACAUGGAUGUAAUAUAAAUACUGUAAUGCAUCUGGAUAUCAUCUGGAUUUUGUUAUAAAACAAUGAAGUAUA